AUGUUCGCAUGGACACAUGUAAAGAGGCUCUCCGUUCGUCUGUCAAGGGAGGUUCGCCAUUUCUCAUCGCCAUAUGCAGCAUCGGGGCAAAGAUUGCCAGAAUAUUUUACAGAGGAAAUCAUUGCGCCUCAUCUUAGCUAUGAUUUUCUGAUCAGCAAGGUGCGUUCAGACUUUGUCUCCCAGAUGCGCGUCAUCAAAGUCCGCCUGUUGAAAUGCCAGACGGGCAUCGAAAAACGUCGCCAAUAUAGCGUGGCUCUGGCUGUUGGAAACGGAAAAGGCGGUCUUGGCUAUGCUCUUGGGAAGGACAGAUCUCCGGUCGAUGCUAUGCAAAAGGCCACUAAGGCCGCAGAACGGGCCAUGACCCACUACGAAAUGUAUGCAGAUCGGACCUUAUUCCACGAAGAUACCAUCAAGUAUAGAGACACCACGAUCAUUGUCCGGCCAAUGCCUCCCGACUCUGGUGUAAGAGCACAUUGGGCCAUUCAAGAGCUCUGCCGAUGCCUGGGCUUGAAAGACCUUUCUGCAAAGGUGUAUGGAUCAAGAACGGCCAUCAAUGUGGCAAAUGGCUUUCUGCUUGCACUUUCGCGGCAAAAGACGCCGGAAAUGAUAGCGCGCGACUCGGGAAUGAAGGUUGAAAACGUGCUCAAAAUAUUCAACUCCGGAGCAAAGUUUGUCGAGUGCUCCAAACUUCUGUCGCGUCGCCAUAUUGAUGGAGCAAGGACGAUUAGAAACCAGGUCCCUAUUGAACAGCUGGAUACCUCUUCGUAA